AGUGUUCAGGGUGCCCGAUGUCGGAAGGGUUGCAGAAAAUGCACCUCGAAAAUGUUUGUCGCCUCUGCCUAACGGAUGCCUCCGAGGCGGGAGAUAUGUUUCCGAUCUUCCCUGUACGUGGUGGCAAUCCACACAGUUCAACGUCCGUGGUGCAUCGGAUACUGCAGUGUACAUCCCUUAGGCUCGAACAAACUGAAGGUGUCCCUGCCACAAUAUGCGAACUGUGCAGUGUCCGCCUGGAGGAUUGGCACGCCUUCCGCGAACAGUGUAUCGGAUCGGACGAAUACCUUCGGGUGACGCUCCGGCACGCAUUCUACCCGGACGAAGGACAAACAUCACAAAUCAAUCCAUCGAUUCCCGUACCACCCGGCAGUUCUCCUCCUGCACAGUCUACCGGAGGUACAGAUGAUCUGUUAGCAAAAGCAUCACUUGUCGGUAGAAACGUGUCCAAAACACCGCCACCACCAGCCUCGUCCCGCUUAAGCUUAGCUAAACGCCGACAGAGCACGUUCGAGUUUCCCGUUUCCGAUGGGAAGGGAAAUCCGACCGAUCAGACCGUUGUGGUUGAGGUGCUCGGUGUCUCUAAGGAACCGGAGCAAGCCAAACGUUCCUCACUCGCAUCGUUCGAGUUGGGAAAGUCGAACGGCGGAUUCUCCUCGAUCGAUAAUACACUGCUCGAGCAGGCCAGCUGGUCCAAAGAGUACUGUGCACGGGUCAACAACCUAAUGGUGGUGGGAAAUGGGACACGUCCGUUCAAGUGUAAGGUUUGCCGUAGAAUGUUUAACAAUCGUACGAAUUUACGGCGUCACAUAAAGGCACUGCAUGCGGAUGAAGUCCUUGAAGGUGAAAGUCCUCCACCGGAAUGUUAUGGCUAUGGGUCAAUGCAAUCGUUUACGGAACAAUCAUCAAACUACGGAGAAAUGUCUCAUCCACCGGCGGUGAAAAAGAAGAGGAAGAGUACGGAUCCACCAAUCACUGGACCGUACAAGUGUGAGGUUUGCCCACGAUCGUUUAAAAUGCCAGCCCAUUUGGCGGUCCACAGGAAGACGCAUCGGCAGAUCGAGUUUGAUCAGUCGGAACUGUCGCGAGCGAUCGAGCAACAGAAGCGACAGAUGCAGCAACAGCACCGAGAGCGAUCAUCGUCAGCAGUUUCGUCGGAGGUGGAUAGAACGCGCAAGGCGACGAUCACCACGAUCGAUCAGAGCGAUAUUAUACAGCUUUCGGACGAUGAUGAUGAGGAUCAGGAGGAGGCGCCGGAGGAGGAAGCGAAGGGAAUGUCCCUACACCGGACAUUCUUUGCGAGCGAUGAACUAGAUGAUGGAUUUGAUGAGGAGGAAGGCAAUAGUUCCAAGGAAACCAGCUCACUUGAGACUGAUCUACGGCCUGAUCCUUCCUCACUUGCGAUCGUUCAAAUUGGAGCAGAAGAUGAUGCUACAGCUGCUGCUAUUUCGGAACCGCAUAUUAAGGAGGAGGAUGAGGACGUUAUGGUGAUCCAGGAAGGGCAAAGCAGCCCAUCUCCAAGCCAACCCAAACCGGGUCCUUCCUCACGUGCUCCACCUGGACCACUUUCCUCGAAGCUUAAAUACACCAACCAAGCGGUGUCUAGCCAAAAGUCACACCACCUUACAGCACGCCCUCUAGAAGAUCUUCAGCGGAAGCAAAAGCCGGAACAGCAGCAACCUUCGUCCUUCUCUUCAGCCACUACCAGUGUCCAUCGGUGUCAUCUCUGCCGACACACCUUCACAAGGGAAGAUCUACUAAGGGAUCAUCAGAAAUCGCACCAGCACGAUUCGCCGUGCGCUUAUCGGUGUGGUUGGUGUAAGAAAGGGUUCCGCUAUCGGCAAAACUACACGCUGCAUCUGGAGAAGCAAACCUGUCGGCUUAUAAAUGCGGAUCCGGUUCGUACAAUGCAGCAGCAGCAACAGGCGGGCAAAUGUACUUAA